UGUUCCUGAUUUCGUAGAAUGCAGCAUAGAUCAUGUGACUGGCUUAAACCCGGAAAUAAAUGCCCUGGCGAGGAAAAUGAAAACACAGUAAAAAGAAUGCCGUCAAGACGACGCGUACUGCAUUAACUGUCUGUCUAUUAUCGGCUCUUCUUUGUAUCUAGCGGGCCAUGCUAACGAUAAGACAUGUUGUUUUCGUCCUGGUCGUAUGUGUGGCGUCCGUGUCCUGCUGUGGACAGAAAGCGGAGACUCCCGACUGGCGAUUGACUCUGAAAACGAUCCGCAAUGGCAUCCACAAGAUCGACACGUACCUCAACGCGGCUCUCGACUUGUUCGGCGGCGACGACGGCUUGUGUCGUUACAAGUGUAGUGACGGUUACAAGCCGGUUCCUCGACCCGAAUACAAGCCGCCGCCGCCCAACGGAUGUGGGACGCCGCUCUUUGGAUUCCAGUUCGACAUCGGCAUCCCGUCCAUGACCAAAUGCUGCAACCAGCACGACCGCUGCUACGACACAUGCGGCCGCGAUAAGCAUGACUGCGACGAGCAGUUCCAGGACUGUCUGGAGACCAUCUGCAGGAACGUGCAACGGACCCUGGGAUUGGCCCACAGUGUCCAAGCGUGCGAGUCGGCGGUGACGCUGCUGUUCGACACCGUGAUGCACUUGGGGUGCAAACCGUACUUGGACAGCCAGCGGGAGUCGUGUGUGUGUCAGUACGAGGUGAAGAAGGAGCUGUGACCAAGUGUGUGCAUGGACUCUUGAAUUCUCAGGGAUAAGAGCUGCUGCUGCUUUUCAGACACCGGACUAGAAAUACUCACUUUUGACUGAUAUUAUGUAAAUAAUUUGAAAUGCAUUCAAUUAUUUAUGCUUUUUGUGUGUGUUGUGCAAUGGCUUAGUCCACUACUGGGUUUUUUGCCCUGUGGCACCAUGCUGCCUCUAACAAGUCGGUCUUGGUACCACGACAGAUAUUAAUGUGUGUGGUGUGGUGUGUUGGUCACCUGGAGUCGUCACACUGCAAGAGUAGUAAGCACACAUUUGCCCUUUUUUGUUUGUUUGUUUGUUUGUUUUUAUUCUUACCCUUGUCGCACAUUUUAAAAAUUGUUAAAGAUAAAAAUCACUGUGCUCUGUACCUACAUGAAAAUGUCAUUAAAAUGAAGAUAAUUUAUUAUUAAUAUAA